AUGCAAGUUCACACCGACAAAAGUCCUGCUAUUCGAACAACCAAGUCUCGAGUGACGGUUUCCCCCAAUUCCAUCAAGUCUAUUCCCAUAACGCAUAAGGUGAUUAAUCGCAUCAUGGUUCCCAUUUACUUGAGAGAGUAACAGUAGCAACAAUAGCAAUAACCUCAAAAUCCAGAUGUGAUCAGAUUGUAACAGGAAUUGGAAAUGUGGAUCCAGCGAUAUCGAGAAUUGGAACAACUCUACUAAGGACACAAGAACCACCUAGUUAUUAUCACGUAAUACCAGGAACGCAUCGAUAUGUUGGUUCAGGAGAAUCAUCAGAUGUCUCUGAUUUUGGAGGCACGCAUCCAAGAAGUGCAAUAGUGGGAGAGAAGUUACUAUGAGUUGCAAUAACAAUUGCAGUACACUCAAACGAAUAGAGAAUCCGAAUUUCAAAUUCAAAUUAAUUAAUACUCCAAUGUGAUUGCAAGUUACGAAAAGAAUAUUAAUGAAUUGAAAUCCACUCUGCAAUUGAACCAAUAAGAAGCCUUGCAAUGGAGAGAGCGUUGCGAUUAUUUGUAGAAGGAACAAGAGAAUUUGAGAUAGUACUAUGAGAAUCAACGAUAGCAAGAUGCUGAAAUACUCAUUCAGAGUGCAGAUCAACAACGUCAACAAAACGAGAGUGAGGUUUAUAAGUUGAGGAAUCAAUUGGACAUGAGAAUGAAAGAACUUGAAUAAUUUAAGUAAUAAAAUCACCAAUUAGAACAGACUCUCAUUGAGGUGGGAUCUAGUCAAUAGAAUUAUGAAACCAAAUUGUUGCUAUUGACUCAAGAGAUUGAAAAUAGCAAUGAUGUAUUCUAGAAGAAGGCCUAGCAAUUUGAAAUAACAAAAAAGAGGAAUUAGGAAUUGGAAUAAGAAAAUUAGAUAUUGAGAGAACAAUAUGAUCAGUUUGCUUAAUAGUUAGAUUUCUAUAGACAGAAGUACGAGCAGGAAGUCUUGAACCAAAGGAAACAGGAGAGUUCCAAAUUGGACAGAGAACGAACAUUGUCAGAGGAAAUGAAAAGAAUCCAAUUACAAAUUGAGGAGAGAGACAGGCGAAUCAAACAAUUGGAAGUCUAGAUCCAAGCCAAUUCCUAAUAUUAGUCAUAAUUGAUUUAAUUGGAAGACUAGUGCUAACUCUUUUAGCAGGAGAUUGAGAGAUUGAAUGGUUAGGUCAGAUAGAAGGAAUAAUAGAUACAAUAAAUGCAAUUGCAUAAUGAGUAAACUUAAUAGAAGCAUUACAAAAAUGAAAAUACUUUGAUCAAAAUUCAAAACGAGUAUUAAUAGUUAAUCAUCUAAUAAACAACCUAUCAAAACAAUAUAGAAUAGAUGCAACGAGUCAAAAUGCAAUUGGAAGAGAGAAUCAUUUUAUUGGGAAGUGAAAUUGAGAGAUUAAAUGAUAUUUAAAGAUAAUUGAUGAACGAACUUGAUCAGAAUGUUAGGACUAGAAGAAAUGAAAAUGAAACAAUCAAUACAGAGAGGUAGAAAUACUCAAUCAUUAUUGAAUAACAAUCUAGGGAAUUAUCAGAAUACAAACUAAAACUUAAUUAAAUUGAGUUGAUUAGAAGUCAGUCAGAUCAAUUGAAGUCAGAUAAUGAUAGAUUGAAUCAAUUAUUAAGACAUUUGUAGAAUGAGAAUGAAUAAUGGAGAUAAAAUUAUAAUAAAUUGGAAGAACAAUUAUAAUAGGAUUACGAGACUAAAAUCAUUAUGUUAUCAUAGGAAAUCGAAAGGCUGUCUAUUUUGAUCAAUGAGAGAAGUACUGAGAUGGAAACCAAUAGAAGGAAGGUCACUAUUUUAGAAGAAGAGUUGAGUAAGAAAAGAUAUAGUUAAGAGGAAAAAUUGGCUAUGCUUACUAGUGAAAUUGAGAGACUUAACCUAUUAAAUCUAUCCUACUCUGAACAAAUUGAAAUGCUCAAGACUAAGUUGAUAAAGCAGGAUUCCUCAGAUCUUCUAUUAUUGAGAGAGAAGAACUUGUAUCUGAAUCAGGAGAUUGAACGCUUAUAAAAUUUAGUUGAAGAUCUCAAUAAGGAAUUGGAAAUCUAUAGACUCAAAUAUGCUGACCAAUUUGGAGUCGGAUCCAAGUAUGAAGAAUUGCUUCUCUAUUUAUCGUUGUAUAAAGUAGAAAUCGAGAGUUUGCGUGCAUAAUUGACUGAUAAAGAAAAGGAAGUCAAUGAUAUGCGUAGAUCGUAAUUAGCUCCUUAUAGAAGGUGA